AUGCAUUGUGGGCUACUGGAAGAGCCUGAUAUGGAUUCCACAGAGAGCUGGAUUGAGAGAUGUCUCAACGAGAGCGAGAGCAAGCGCUAUUCCAGUCACACGUCCUUGGGGAACAUGUCCAACGACGAAAGUACCAAAGAUGAAGAGAAGGAAAAUAACAGAGCUUCAAAACCACAUUCGACUCCUGCAACAUUACAGUGGCUGGAGCAGAAUUAUGAGAUUGCAGAGGGAGUGUGUAUUCCACGCAGUGCACUGUACAUGCAUUACCUGGACUUCUGUGAGAAGCAUGACACUCAACCUGUUAACGCUGCUAGCUUUGGGAAGAUAAUAAGACAACAGUUUCCACAGUUAACCACACGAAGGCUGGGCACCAGGGGCCAAUCAAAGUACCACUACUAUGGCAUCGCAGUGAAGGAAAGCUCCCAGUACUACGAUGUAAUGUACUCCAAAAAAGGAGCUGCGUGGGUGAACGAGACAGGCAAGAAAGAGGUCACCAAACAGACAGUGGCCUAUUCACCACGCUCCAAGCUAGGGACGCUUCUGCCAGAUUUUCCAAAUGUCAAAGACCUAAAUCUGCCUGCCAGUCUGCCAGAGGAGAAGGUUUCAACAUUUAUCAUGAUGUACAGAACUCACUGCCAGAGGAUCCUGGACACGGUAAUACGAGCCAACUUCGAUGAGGUCCAGAGCUUCCUGUUGCACUUUUGGCAGGGCAUGCCACCCCAUAUGCUGCCUGUUCUGGGCUCCACCACUGUGGUCAACAUAGUGGGUGUGUGUGACUCUAUUCUCUAUAAGGCCAUAUCAGGGGUUUUGAUGCCUACUGUCUUACAGGCUCUCCCUGACAGUUUGACCCAGGUCAUCCGGAAGUUUGCCAAGCAGCUGGACGAGUGGCUGAAAGUGGCGUUGCACGACCUUCCCGAGAAUCUGAGGAAUAUGAAGUUUGAGUUGUCGAGAAGAUUUUCUCAGAUACUCAAGCGGCAAACGUCGUUGAAUCAUCUCUGUCAGGCGUCUCGGACUGUAAUCCACAGUGCAGACAUAACCUUUCAGAUGCUGGAGGACUGGAGGAAUGUGGACCUGAACAGCAUCACCAAGCAGACACUUUAUACGAUGGAAGAUUCGCGAGAUGACCACAGGAGACUCAUCAUCCAGUUGUAUCAGGAGUUUGAUCGUCUGUUGGAGGACCAGUCCCCCAUAGAAGCAUACAUUGAGUGGUUGGAUUCCAUGGUGGACAGAUGUGUUGUGAGGGUGGCAGGGAAGAGACCGGGGAGCCUGAAGAAGGUAGCCCAGCAGUUUCUCCUCAUGUGGUCAUGUUUUGGGACAAGAGUGAUUCGAGACAUGACUCUCCAUAGUGCCCCAAGCUUUGGCUCUUUUCAUCUCAUUCACUUAAUGUUCGAUGACUACGUGCUGUAUUUGUUGGAGUCUCUGCACUGUCAGGACAGAGCCAAUGAGCUGAUGAGAGCCAUGAAGGGGGAGGGCUCUACAGCAGAUAGAGUGGAGGACAUGAUGUUGACCGAGACCACCCCUACGUCCACGUCGCCUGGCCCCUACUCUCCUGCCAAGUCAGUCCAUUCAGUAGGGGUACCAGCUACUGGCUCUCCCAACUCUGCCCAGUCCCCUGAGUACACAGGAGUGUCAGCCACCACAGGCGCUGUUCAGUCAUAUACCUGGUCCCUUACAUACACAGUGACCACGUCAGGAGGUAGCCCACCUGAAGGUGGACCCCAGCUCUCCUGCAUGCGGAGCGGACCCCCAGUACACCCACCCUCAUCUGCCCACCGCGUGCCAGUGUACCCCCACCGGGACGAGCAUGGGUAUACGAGCAGCUACAACUAUGGCAGCUACACAAACCAGCACCAUCAUGCAAUCCAGGGACAGUACCCCAGCUUGCCUCAUGAACCUGGCAUUCCUACCCCACUGCACUACUCGUCCUACCACCGCACGUCAGCCCAGUACCCGUUAAACAGCCAGAUGUCACGGAUGGAGCCGUGUUUGAUGGGCGGCACUCCUCGGCUGCAUCCGUCCGCUGUGACCCCACGCUGGACGGAUGUCCCCUCAGCCAACAGCUGCUACUCCAGUCCCCCUAUGCAUUCCUCCCGCUAUGCCUCCUCCGGCGACAUGUACUCCCCCCUGGCCCCACGCAGGAACUCAGACUACGAACAUGCACAACACUUUCCUGGUUUCGCUUACAUUAACGGCGAGGCUACGACUGGCUGGGCCAAAUAG